AUGAAGUGUGUGAGUGUGUGUGUUGUGCUGUUGGUGAUGCUCAGAGUGAGAGUUCACUCAUUCACAUUUAACCAUCUGACUGCAUACGUGGAUAAACAGCAGGAGGAGUAUGUACAGACUCUGAGAGACUGGGUGUCUAUAGAGAGUGACUCCAAUGAUGUCACUAAGCGGGUGGAGCUACAGCGUAUGAUGGGUGUGGUGGAGGAGAAGCUGCGUGGGAUGAAGGGGAUCAUGGACGUGAUGGACAUCGGCAAUCAGACGCUGGAGGAUGGCAGUGUUAUUCCUCUCCCUAAAGUGGUGACGGCGGUGUUCGGUGAUGAUGAGAAUAAACACACUGUGUGUGUGUAUGGACAUGUGGAUGUCCAGCCAGCCAGGAGAGAGGACGGGUGGAGCACAGACCCCUACAACCUUACGGAGAUUAACGGAAACCUGUAUGGCAGAGGCGCUUCAGAUAAUAAAGCUCCAGUUCUGGCCUGGAUACAUGCAGUGGAGGCGUAUAGAGCUCUGGACAUGGACCUGCCAGUGAAUGUGAAGUUCCUGAUUGAGGGAAUGGAAGAGAGAGGUUCUAAGGGUCUGGAUGUUCUGGUUGAGGCUCAGAAAGACGCGUUUUUCUCUGAUGUGGAUUAUAUCGUGCUUUCAGACUGCACCUGGAAGAGCGCUCAUCCUGCUCUCACCUACGGCACGAGGGGGAACUGUUACUUCUCCGCUCAGGUGGAGGGCCCGAAGCAGGAUUUACACUCUGGAGUGGACGGAGGUGCUGUGAUCGAACCCAUGAGCGACCUGAUCGGAAUUCUAGACACGCUGAUCAGUGCGAGCGGUCAGAUCCUGAUCCCCGGCAUGACAGACGCAGUCGCAGACUUCACUGAGGAGGAGCGCAAACUAUACGAGGAGGUCCAGUUUGAUUUGGAGACUUACAAGAGCAUGAUCGGUGUGGAUCGACUCAUGUACAACAAUAAGGUUGACCUUCUGGCUCAUCUGUGGCGUUUCCCCACCGUGUCCAUCCACGGCAUCGAGGGAGCGUUCUCCAACCCCGGAACAAAAACUGUCAUCCCUGCUAAAGUCACAGCCAAGUUCUCCAUCCGCCUGGUUCCCAACAUGGAGCCUGCAGUCGUGGAGAAGCAGGUAACAGAUUACCUGCGCGCCAAGUUUGAGCAGAGGAAGAGUCCGAACAAGCUCACGGUGAAGAUGGUUAUUGAAGUGAAGCCAUGGUUAGGCAACACCAAACACCCGCUGUACGAGGCUGGGAAGAGAGCAGUGAAGAGAGUGUUUAGUGUGGAGCCGGAGCUGAUCCGAGAGGGAGGGACCAUUCCCAUUGCUCGCACUUUCCAGGACAUGAUCGGCAAACACAUCAUCAUGCUGCCCAUCGGAGGCUUCGACGAUGGCUUACACUCUCAGAAUGAGAAAAUCAGCAGGUAUAACUACAUCGAGGGAACGAAGCUGUUCAUCGCUUUCCUGUACGAGGUUUCUCAAAUAAAGAAGAACUGA